AUGGCUCAAAAAUUGCUGCAUCAGGCACAGAAAGUGCUUACCCGAGCCCUUUCUCUCCACACCCCAUCAUUACGUCUUCGAGAAUCAGCACUAUCGUCGCUCGCCUCCGUACACUACCUGCUCGGGGACUUUGUCCAAGCAACCCAUUGCUAUCAGCAGCAGCUCGAAAUACGUCUGCAACUGGGUGGACCACCCGCAGAGGUUCUCGACAAUGUGGCAAUGAGCGCAGAAGCUGCCGGAAAUCAUGCUCUAGCACUGACAUACCGAAAACAAAUGCUGGAGCAUCUGAGUGGCGUACCACUGGCAAAAGAAAGGCUGAAAAUUGCGAAACUGCACAGUUGUUUGAACCAGGCAGGGGAAGCCCUAGAAGAAUACGUGUCUAUAGAAAAGUCGAUUCCUUUUAUGGAUGAAGGUGACAAAGAGGAUCUAGCAAUGCAGAUACGGAUAGGAAAAGGAGUCAUCUACGGCUUGAUGGUGAGUCAUGUUUUAAUUUAUAAAAACAAUGAUUUUUAUUUCUGCUCUGACAAUAGAAAGAGCCAAAAGGAAACCUUCUAAAU